AUGUCCAAAUUAUUCAAAACCCUUCUUGGAGACUUCUGUGGUUUAUGCGGAGCUAUUUUACCCAUGCCCACAGAUGCCCCUUCCGAUGUUUCUUGUGUUGUAUGUGACUCGAUUUGGAUAGUAAAAGCUAAAAAUAAUGUACUAGUUUCUACAUCUUUCAAAAACUAUGAGCCCGCCUAUUCGAGCGCUGAUGUAGACGGCGAUGGAGAUGCAAGUGCUGUUGUAGAUCAUAUAUGUUCAAAAUGUGGCCACGGUAAAGCCACCUUUUCUACUUUGCAAACUAGAUCCGCUGAUGAAGGACAAACUGUUUUCUUCACCUGUGUCAAAUGUAAAAAGAAGGAUAUUGAAUAUUCAUAG